AUGAAUUCGAACGAUAAGUAUACACUGACGCAGCCAUCUGAUGACUCAAUUCGUGAGUUCGGCCACUUCUGGAACGAGUGCAAAGAAACGAGAGUGGGCCUCAAUUCUGCCCAGUUGUUCCGGCGGACGGGUGGCGACAUGGCGGACCUAUUCAAUAAACACAUCAAAAAAGCGACAUCAAGAACAAAAGAGAAGCUUCUGGAAGGAAUAGGAAAGGCUAAAGCCACUCAAGAUGAAACGUUUGACAGUCACGCCGCAAAUUUGGCAAAACAGAGCAAGACUUUUGAGCGGAUCUAUAAGGAUGUUAAGGCAUAUGCCGCUGCUUUGAGAGCGUUGAAUCAGGCGGAAAGAACGUUGCGAGAUACUAUAAGAGAGUCUUACGAGUCAGAGUGGCCCGAACGGGAACAUUUGACCGCAAUACUAGAUAAUCUAGACAUUCAAACUAACGAAAUGGAAAAGACAUUAACUGAAGAACUCCCACAAUCGCUUUCCAACUAUGUAGCACAAUUUGGCGAACUGAAAAAGAAGGUCGACAAAAGAGGUCGUAAACUGGUUGAUUAUGAUCAUGCAAAGCACACUUACAGUUCCGCUAAGGCUUCCAGCAAGAAGGGAGAGACGGAUCCGAAGGUAGCCAAAGCUUUUUCUGAGCUACAACAGGCAGAAACCUUGUACAAAGAGAUUAACAACGAACUUCUUGAGUCCCUACCGGCUGCAUACGACAAUCGCAUAACGUUCUACGUCAACAUGCUUCAGACACUUUUCAAUUCGCAUAGCGUAUAUCAGACGGAGUGCAGCAAGUUGAAUAAGCAGGUCGUUUCGCAGUUGGAUCGUCUUGGGGAGUCUAUAGACAUCUUGCGAGUCCCGCGACCAGAACCUCGUCCGAUCACUCCUGCCGAUAGCGUCACGGAUAUGGGUUCACAUCGAUCCACUCCAUCGCCGGCACCAGCACCACCGCCAGCAACGCCUGCGUCUUUGGCAGAUUCUGCCUCAGGUCAAGCAAACGCGUCGACUGGUAACCCGUUUGAAGAAGACAAUGUAGAAGAAGUAUUUGAGAAUAAGAUUUAUCCGAAGUUGGCGGCUGUGCCUCCUCGCGCUGACAAGGACGAAGAAAAAGACGCAAAGGAAACGCCGAAAAAAGAAAAGGAUCCUACGAAUCCAUUCGAUGAAGAUACAGACGAUGAACAACAGCAGGCGGUCCCCGCUGUAGUUCCUCCGACGGAACAUGCCCUCGAGGGAGUAACUAAGGAAGCUCGAAAGGUGCUGUAUCUUGUAAAGGCAACUCAUGAGUACAAAGCGGUGGAUACGGACGAAUUGUCAUUCGGACCUGGAGAGGAGCUAAAGGUGCUAGAAUCGAAACCUGAAGAUCAAGUAGACGAAGGAUGGCAACUGGGUGAGAAGUCGGAUGGGACACGUGGAGUGUUUCCGGAGAAUUUUACGAAGAAGAUCGACUAA